CUAAUAACAACGCAACGCGGAUCGAUAAAUAACAUACCGUUACACACUAAAACUCGCUGGUUGCGUUAUUAGGUUUCUCACCCGUCCGGUUUACGUUUUAUCUGUAAAGUUGAUUGUUUUAGUUGAUUUUAGUGAAAAACAGCAAGCGAUCAUGGGCUUUUUUAAUACAGUUUGCACGUCCACGGUUAAGCUUACGGGAAAAACAGCCAUUAUUACAGGCUGUAACACUGGAAUUGGAAAAGUUACCGCCCAAGACUUUUAUAAGAGAGGUGCGAGAGUAAUAAUGGCAUGCCGAAAUCAGGAAAAAGCAACCAAGGCUGCGCAAGACAUAAAGCAAAAAUGUGAGCAUGAAGGCACUUGUAACCUUGGCGAGCUAAUCGUAGAUGAACUAGACUUAAGCAGCUUAAAAUCUAUUAGGCAAUUUACUAAAAAGAUUAUAGAUAGGGAGUCUAGAAUUGAUAUUCUCGUCAAUAAUGGUGGAGUAAUGACUUGUCCCGAGAGUAAAACAGAGGAUGGUUUUGAAAUGCAAUUUGGCACUAAUCAUUUGGGACACUUUUUAUUAACCAUACUGUUGUUGCCAAAAAUUGUACAUAGAAACUUUGAAUCUUCCGACCCUUCAAGAAUUGUGACUGUCUCAUCUGUAGCUCAUGAAAGAGGUACAAUGAACUUUGAGGAUCUAAAUUGGGAAAAAAGGAAAUAUAGCGCCAUAGGGGCUUAUGGACAAAGUAAACUGGCGAAUAUCCUCUUUACAAAGGAGUUAGCCAGGCGACUUAAAGAAGCCAAUAUUAAUAACGUAACAACGUAUAGCCUACAUCCAGGUGUUAUUGCAACAGAGCUAGGGCGUCACAUGAAAGACACAUAUGGAGUUAUAGCAACAUUUGUUUGGGGUAUGCUUAAGUGGUUAUUAAAAACACCUGAACAAGGUGCACAGACUACAAUCUACUGCUCUGUAGACGAAAAGUGUAAACAUGAAUCCGGGCUCUACUACGCAGAAUGUAACGUAAAAACCCCAACAAAACUUGCCCAAAACCAGGAAGAUGCUGAAAGGCUAUGGACUGAAAGCUUAAAAUUAGUUGGACUUCCGGAAAAUUUUGAUCCUUUUAGGGGAGAUACAUCUUCAUGAAUAAGAGACAAAAUGUUUUACCAAUAAAAAUAUAUUUGUAAUAUUGUUUUACGAUA